AUGCAUCGGGCGCUUCAGAUCCGGGAGAUACAAGCAAACAUAAUAGACUUCGUCGGAUAUUUCGAGCACAGCAUCUACGAGCUUCACGCGGAUGAGAAAGAGUUCCAAGAGGCGAGGCGCAACCUGUGCGCAGUGGCACUGACUUGCAAGGCUCUUCUCCCUUAUGCUUUGGACUGUCGUUGGCGAGUGAUACACUCCUUGGUUGAGCUUCUACGCACCCUACCACCCGAAAUUUGGACAACUCAUCAACGACAUCAUCCAGAAUACCGUCAGAUUACAACUGUACAUAGUCUUCGCGAACGGAUCAAAGAAGAGCACCUGCUACGGUUCAAUUGCUAUGCACCACGAGUUCGGACCUUGAUACAACCAAAACACUGGCUGCGGCGGGAGGGUGAAUGGGAUAAUGCAACCGGGCCACAGUUUGACGAAUACGAUUCCAGCGUCCUGUCAGAAUUGGCGCUCGUAUGCGGGGAGAAGCUCAUCCUACCGCGUCUGGAAGGCUUCCAUGUUCGCAUGGCUUUGGAAGACUGCAAGUUUCGCGAUAUCCUCCCGUCAUUCUUUCCGGCAUCACUGAAGUCCCUCUGCAUCGAAGCAGACCUGAACGAAAGAAACAAGACGGAGCUACUGCAGUUCUUGCAGGUCCUUGAACCAUCCUGCCAAACCAUCCACCAUCUUCGCGUCGCCUCAUCAUUCGAUUAUGAUGCAGUAACAGACAACCCACUCGGUUUGACCGACUUGCCUCCGAUGCAGGAACUCUACCGCCUACCGCACCUGAAGUCAUUUGGAUCAUAUUGGGGCUUGUUAUCUGGUGCCCAGUUCAUGGUUCCAGAGAAGAUACUCAAUAUCGCCCCAUGCUGUAAUGUCACAACCCUCGACCUCAAAUUUUGCAAUGCGCUCUCAAAUGUUCUCAAAGGUUAUAGCGGCCCCUUCUUUCCACAACUGGAGCACCUAACUUUGCAAGCCGACGGCCUCCAAGGCGCUAAGGAAUUCCUGCGAUGCCUCUCCUCUAGAUCCCUGAAAGGAUUGCAUCUCGACAACUAUUAUGACUCGGGUCAAGACUUCCCAGACUUUGUGGUUGCUGCCCAACAAUACCUCAAUCCUGAGACCUUGUUGCACUUCGAUGUCCAAUCCCGGCUGGGAAUCACUCCGCCAUCAGGACCAACGAAACUCUCUCCUCAAAGCCUUCUCCCACUCUUCGCAUUCAAGAAUCUCGAGUCUUUAGUCAUUUUACUCAAUCAGGAUCUUGGAUUGCUUGAUGACGCCCACUUUGGACAGAUUUGCGACGCCUUUCCUCGACUGCGGAUUCUGGACAUUGCCGGUCUUGAGCACGCCAUGUCUGUGUCUACCAUGGGCGCCAUGUCUGCCCUACAGCGGCUACCAUCUCUAGAGUUUUUCGGUCUGCGGGUCCCAAUAGACCUUCCGCUCGAUGACGCCGCCGCAUACCGCUUUCCUCAGCUCGCGACGUUGGCAACACGAAGCUCUCCUCUGGUUGAUGUAGCUAUGACUGCAGAUUUCAUUCGAAGCUUUUUUCCAUCGCUCAAGUUCAUCGUACUUGGAGCAAAGCCGGUUGUAUAUGACUUUUUUGACAAUAGCAUGGACGAGGAAGUGGGCACAGAAAACGCGGCAACGGCAGACGAUUUGGAUCCCCACGGCGCUGUCUCCGAGCAUGAAUACCUCCAGGAUACUUUUACGGCAUGGGUUCAGGUUGUCCGGCACAUGCAAAGCCUGGAAUGCAGAUACAAAGUUGUUGCCAAAGAGACUGUUAAAGUCCAUCAUCCGCCAAGGUUUGGCGAAUUCGACCCACUCAUUCUCCCGUUGUAG